GGCUCUUUUGACUCUGACUAUCCGAAUACCAAAAUGUGGUAAGUCUACGCCCAAUCAGAAGCUGGGAACCCUUCAGACGGCUAAUUUCCGUUUGUUGGUGUCUCCCUCUCCCUCCCCCUCCCCUAAUCCUCUUCCUCCUCCACCGGGCAGCUGAGACAGCUGUUGCCUGUUGGAAGUUUGAUGCUGGAGCCCCGAAUCUAGGGUUUGUCUUCUGCUGUUCUUAUCCAAACAAAUAUGGUAUCAUAUCGCAGAUCACCCGAGUAAGUCUUUCUCUCCAUUCUUACACAGAUCUGCAAAAGCAACAAAUUAAAAAAAAAAAAAUCACUUUUUUUAUUUCUUACGUAAGAACUCUAUAGAGAACAAUAACAAUGACUAGCCAUUACUCUGCUCUUCCAAGAAGUUCAUAUGUAGAAUUACAGUUACACGAUGAUUAUCAUGUUGAAUCCCCAAAACCCAGAUCUUCCGAAAACGCGUUUGUAAAAUUGGUGCCCCUAGGUGAAAUAAGAGAUCAAGAUCUUAACCAUGUUGAUAGUAUUGGUGAGGAAGACGAUUUCCCGCUUAUCGUUGGCGGCGAUGUUAAGAGUGGAUCUGAGAUUUCUGGUGCAGUUUUUAACCUUGCUACCUCGGUCAUUGGUGCUGGAAUUAUGGCCCUUCCCGCCACCAUGAAAGUCCUUGGGUUGGUUCUCGGGUUUGUUCUUAUUAUUCUGAUGGGUAUUUUGUCGGAGAUAAGUAUUGAAUUGCUUGUUCGGUUUUCUGUUCUUCGCAAGGCAUAUUCUUAUGGUGAUAUUGUUCAAUCUGCAUUGGGUCGUCCGGCCAGGAUUCUUUCUGAGAUCUGUAUAAUUGUUAACAAUGCUGGAAUUUUGGUGGUUUACUUGAUAAUUAUGGGUGAUGUCAUGUCUGGUUCUUCGGAUCAUGUGGGGGUUUUUGAUCAGUUGCUGGGAAAUGGAGUCUGGGAUCAGAGGAAGCUGGUGAUAUUGAUUAUUGUGGUAGUUUUUCUUGCACCACUUUGUGCCUUGGAGAAGAUUGAUUCUUUGAGCUUGACAUCAGCUGCUUCAGUGGCUCUUGCAGUUGUUUUUGUCAUAGUUUCCUGUGUGAUUGCGUUUAUUAAGCUUGUUGAAGGGCGGAUAGAGACGCCAAGGAUGGGCCCAGAUAUUGGAUCCAAGAAAGCCAUAAUGGAUCUGCUUGUAGUGAUCCCAAUCAUGACAAAUGCUUAUGUUUGUCAUUUUAAUGUUCAACCUAUAUAUAAUGAGCUUGAAGGACGAUCUCCUCAGAAGAUGAAUCGGGUGGGAAGGAUAACCACUGUGUUGUGUGUCUUGGUUUAUGCCUCAACAGCCAUAUCUGGGUAUCUGUUGUUUGGGAAGGAUACAGAAUCAGAUGUUCUGACCAACUUUGAUAAAGACCUUGGAAUACGUUUCAGUUCAACUCUGAAUUAUAUUGUCCGUGUGGGGUACAUUCUUCAUCUGGUACUUGUCUUUCCUGUUAUCCAUUUCUCUCUGAGGCAAACAGUGGAUGCCUUAAUAUUCCACGGAUCAUCUCCACUCUCAGAAAGUAGAAAGAGGUUGCUAGCAUUGACAGCAGUUCUGUUGGUUCUUAUUUAUCUUGGGUCUACCGCGAUACCCAACAUUUGGGUAGCUUUCAAGUUUACUGGGGCAACAACUGCACUUUCACUGGGUUUUAUAUUCCCAUCUCUUAUUGCCUUGAGAUUAAAUCAUGAAGGGGAGGAUUUGAGCCAUGGAGAGAAGAUUCUGUCAUGGUUGAUGUUAACAUUGGCAAUAUCAGUGAGCAUUGUAGGAGUGAUUGGGAAUAUCUACAGCAUCAAUAGCCAAUCUGAUUGACCAUCCCUUUAUUGAUUGUUGUUGGAGUUAUAUGGAAAAAUUACAUGCGUUGUUUUGAUCCAACAGAGAUUUGAUUGGAACAGUUUAAUAACCAUAAAUGUUAGUUGGAGGUUUGGAGCCUCAAAUACUGAGGUCCGGUGAAAUAGCAUAGCUGCAAACCUUCGCAAUACCAGUGAGCACUGUGGAGUGACCAUCUGCAUUGGACUCUAUAUGAUAUGUCAUCUUAGCAACAUACUGAAGCUGUUAAUGUGGAUAACCCCCUUUCUUUCAUUCCUUCCCUCCUUUGUUUCCUAGUUCAAAUGAAUAACUUUUCCCAUGUAUACAAACUUUCUUCAACCCUCCUUAACUCUUCUUUCCUUUAACUCUUUCCUUCUCGUGGUUAUCAGUCUGCUCGUGUUCUGUUACUGCUUCUGUCUCUCUUUCCUGCUUUUUAUGUUUAAUCAUCUACAAGUAGAAGAAGAACACGAAGAGAAUGAAGUGCAAAAGUAGGUUGUACCCAACAGUUCAGGUAUUAUUUAUCUACUUUUUACAUUUUAUUUGACAGUCUUGUUGCUUGUAGUAAAAUGUGCGUUUAUGCUUCGAUUACCUUUUUGGACUUUCUUGAUCGGCUUCUUUAAAGUGAUCAUGAACACUCUGUAUGGACUAUCAGAGGGACAAGAGAAUACUUUCUCUGAUUUUGAAAUAAACAGAGGAUGCUCUUCACGGAAGGAUCUUUGUUUCUUUGUGAUUUAUAUAUAAUUCUGUUUCUUCAAUGC